ACUACGCUUUACGCACAAGACUUCAAGGAUGAAGAAGGCGAUCGCCUCCCAAUCUUCCCUGGGGCUACACGCUUUUCCAUGAUGUUCAGCAUCCCCCUCUGGUCAUUUGGUUUGAGCCGUAUCUGUAAGAUAGAUUCGCUCUCUACCACUGCAUUUGCAAUUUAUGUUGUUUUUGAGGGGACUUGA